GUCAAAAUAAAUACCUACCAGAAACCAGAAUUCUAACCUCAAUGCUGUAAAUGAAAAAUAAAUGAAAAUAUUUCUUUGUAUUGGUUUCAAAUUUAUAAAAGCUACAUCCAGUUACCUCUACCAAUAAGUUGUUACAUUUUGUGUAUUCCUCGGCGGUCACCAUGAACAUAACUCGUGCAAUUUGUCCCAUAAGUCGCUCCAACGUCGGCCAAAGUUUUUACAGGAAAUUCCGAUUUUCUUCUGUAAAUAAUGAAUCCAGAGGAGCCACACAACCCAAAGUACAAGAAGAGAAGUUCGACUUUGAAGACCUGAAAGUUCUAGAGCGCACAGAACGUCGAAAGCCCGCUAUUGAACCGUUUAUGAAGAGUGUAUUUCUAUCUAAAUUCAACCGAGAUUUAUUGGCUUAUCCCGAAGUCCUGAACAAAGAAGAGUACGAAGCUACAGAGAAAAUAGUCAGUAGAAUUGACAAAGUCUUUUCAGACAAAGAAAAAACUGAAAAAGACAGACAAAAUGUACUAAGAGAUACUUCAAUGUAUGCUGCUCCUGUAAAUCUUACGAAUGGCGGCUUAGCCAUGAAUGUGACAGAAAGGAUUCGCUAUUUAGAAACUAUUUCAACAGAUUUAAAUGUUGCAAAGAUCCUGAGUGAGCAUUGGGUUGGACUGGAAGCGUUAAAACAGGGUUUGAAACCCGAUGAAUACCAAAGUUUGUUGCCUGAUCUCACGUCUGGCAAUAAUUUGAUAUCUUUGUGCAUUAGAGAAACUAUAUCAACCAGAAUAGCUCAGCCUGAUUUCAGGACCACAGCAUCUCAAGAUGGGAAAGGCACCUGGCGUAUAAAUGGCGAGAAGGAAUGCGUAUCACAUCAGGAGUACAAACUAGUGCUGUGUGCUCUUGAAGCGUCCAGGUUCAAAGCGUUCCUGGUUUUGCCCAACACCGAAGGUGUCACUAUCAACCAGGACAUUGUCACGUUCAGAGAUACUCCAGGUAUCCCGCUAGACCACAUCACGGAGCAGGCGCUGGCCACCACCAUGGGCAUGUCCCGCCUCGACUCCGGGGUGCUCUGCUACAGUGCGCUGAAGCAGGCGAUUACUGCUUCUAUAAAGUAUGUGCGGGGGCGGUUCAUGUCUGGCGCGCCGCUAGCCGACAUCUCGACCAUCCGCGCGCGAGUGUCCGCCGCCAUGCUGUGUCUGUACGCGGGCGAGAGCGUCGCGUACUUCACGGCGGGGCUGCUGGACCAGCACGCGGGCCAAGACGCGGACGUCGAGGUCGCCAUGUGCAGAAACUACUCAUCCUACCACGGCACCCGAGCCCUGCUGGCGCUGGAGAGCAUCCCGGGGCUGCAGCUGGAUGAGCAGUUCCGGGCCAGGCUGGGCGCCUUCCGAGCCUUGACCAAGGAUGAGAAUGACUACAAUGUUAAUAUGUUUAUUGCUCUAAACGGCCUUCACUACGCGGGUCACCUGAAAGCAACUGAAGUUAAACAAAUGAGAAACCCGCUGCUGCAUCCGGGAGUCAUCCUGAAGAAGGUGCUGCAAGACCGUCAUCAGGAGAAAGACGACCCCAAGCUGACCCUCUUCCUAGCGGAACAUCUGCACCCGUCGCUGCGCGCGCCGGCCGAGCUGCUGGAGUACUGCGUGCUGAGGAUGAGCUACGCCAGCGAGACCCUCAUGGCCCGGCACGGGCAGGACGCGCAGACUGCUUACACUGAACUGGAGCGAAUGGCGCAGGCGGCUACACUCAUACUGGCGAUGACGUCCGUACUCGCGAGAGCCUCGAGGUCUUACUGCAUCGGUCUAAGAAACGCGGAGUUCGAAAUGAAGCUCGCAGCUUGCUUCGUAGAAAAAAACAAACCCAUAGUACAAAAACUCAUCCUGGAUGUCAAUAAUGGACAAUACCUGAACCUAGAUUUCUACCACGAGGAGUUUGGUCGAAAAAUCCUGGACUCCUCGUCGACUUUGGUAGAAAAUCCCACUGAACGUACCUUCUGGUAGAAAUAUAGUUUAAGUUACAGUAUAGUGGAAUCAAACAAUUAAAUAGGUUAAUUGCUAAUCAAGUAAUUGCAUGCAUUUAUUUACUGUCCUGUCACCCGACCAGAUAAGUUGAUUUCACUAUAAUAAGUUAUCCUUAGGAUUAAAACGCUAUGUUAUACGAUAUAAAAAUGUUUUGUAAAUAAAAUUCUAGUUAUUA